AUGGGCAGCCUAUCUACCUUCCUGCGCUAUCUGCGCCUCAAACUCCUGAUCUCCUUCUACCAGCUCAUCGUCAAAAUCCUCGCCUCACCCCCAAGGCCUCGUCCUGACUCCAUACUGAGAAUUCCAUCACGCGAUAAAGGCCGCACUAUCAACGCCCAUCUUUAUAAGCCGUCCUCGGAGUAUGCAAGAAGCAGUGGUCCCCGUCCAGUCUUGCUCAAUUUUUACGGCUCCGGCUUCGCAAUUCCUCUCCACGGCGCCGACGACGGUUUCUGCCGGUUCAUCGCCACGACCACCGGUUACAUCGUCCUGGACGUCGAGUAUCGACUCGCACCAGAGCACCCGUUUCCCGCGGCGGUCCACGACGUUGAAGACGCGGUCAAAUACGUGCUUGACCGGCCGGAAGAGUACAAGACGUCGCAGGUCUCCGUGUCCGGGUUCUCAUCAGGCGGCACCCUCGCUCUCGUCGGCCCAACACUGUUUCCUCCCGGUACCUUCCAGUCUGUCGUUGCGUUCUAUCCGGCGACGGAUCUUGCCCGGGAUCCGAGCUUGAGAACGGCCCCAGCGCCGAAUGCGAAGCCGCGCUCGGCGUUCUGGACUAGGAUCUUCCGGGAGGCAUACAUAGGGACCAUGGAUCCGCGGGACCCGAGGAUCUCACCAGCGUAUGCUGAUGCGUCUAUGUAUCCCACCAACAUGCUGGUUAUAACAGCGGAGUUGGACUCGUCGGCGCUCGAGGCGGAGGACUUGGCGAAGAAAGCUGAGAUGGAAGGUACAGCGAGCGGCAGGAAUGUGGUUAUUCGGAGGAUGAAGAAUUGCGGCCAUGCCUUUGAUAAGAAGAAGACGGACAUGACCUGUGUCCAGGCUCGGGAUGAGACGUAUGAACUUGUUGGGGAUAUGUUGAGAAAGGUCGCGGGCGAGAGCGGUUGA